ACAUCGUGCCCUGCACCGUGUCGCAGCUGCUGGCGGCCGAGCAGGUGGACGAGACCUUCCGGAUCCACGACGUGGAGAUCUCCCAGGUCACCAUUAUGGGGAUAAUUCGGCAUGCUGAGAAAGCACCAACAAAUAUUCUCUACAAAGUGGACGACAUGACGGCAGCCCCGAUGGAUGUCAGGCAGUGGGUCGAUACCGAUGAGGCAGGUGGUGAGAAUGUUGUGGUACCUCCAGGAACCUAUGUAAAAGUAGCUGGUCAUCUUCGUUCUUUCCAGAAUAAGAAAAGCUUGGUGGCAUUUAAGAUCACGCCUCUGGAAAAUAUGAAUGAGUUCACCACACACAUACUAGAGAUUGUCAAUGCGCAUAUGAUCCUCAGAAAAAAUCUUAUGGUGCUGAACUUGAUUAAAAACUGCCCUGUCCCAGAAGGUAUGAGUCUUCAGGAGCUGAAGAGUCAGCUCCACAAUAUGAGCAUGUCAACAAUCAAGCAAGCUGUGGAGUUCCUUAGCAGCGAGGGACACAUCUACUCCACUGUGGAUGAUGAUCACUAUAAGUCGACGGAUGCUGAGUGAAGUCACUUCCCACUGGAUUUAGUUCUAAGCAAAUGCUUGUCCAUGUAUCAAGUUAUCCUGCCGAGCUUUGCGAUGUGGAAGGUGAUCUUUGCUCUUCCUAGCCUGUGAAAGUCCCAGUUACUCUGUGAGUGCCUCCUUGGAAUUCAAGGGCAAGCAGAACAUACAGGAUUCUGUUAGCUGGACUCAAUUAUAUGCUCUGACCAUGUGACAGAAAGCAGAAACAGACAUUGGAGAACUGAACUCCCCAAAGCUUCAGAGCCUUCAGUUUGUUUUGUCUCCUUAGAGCAUGCCUGCGCUAGAAAGAAAAACCUCUUUCUAAUAGUGUCCUGGGCAGACCAUCUUUUGUUCCUAGAGCUGUUUCUCCUAGCUCAGCUUUCGUUCCAUUUCAUUCACAAAGUGGGCAGCCAAGAGUGAUAUUCCACUAAUGUACAGUAAUCAUGAACAGAUUUUUAAUUGGUUUAGUUUAUGCAUUUAAAUCUAUAUUUGUACUAUGAGGUGAUCUUGUUAC